GUGAACAUAAACAAAACAUAAAAAUAAUACAAAACCGCAGUCUUCGAUCUGAAUCAUAUAGGGAGAGGGACCAGUGCAACCCAAAAAUAAGAGUGAGAGCUUCCAAAAACCUUCAGUGCUAACGAUGAGGUUUUCUUCAUCAAGACCCGUUUCAAGUCCGGGUCGAACCGAGAACCCACCUCUACUCAUGCGGUUCUUGCGGACCAAAAGCAGAAGCAGAAGCAGAAGCCGUUCUCGUUCAAGAAGACCUAUCUUUUUCCGGCGUAAGAACGCAUCGGCGACGACGGAGACACAAGAACCAACUUCACCUAAAGUCACUUGCAUGGGUCAAGUACGGAUAAACCGGUCAAAGAAACCCAAACCCGGAACUAAUCCGACCAUCGGAGGUGCAACGGGUCAAAACCGCCGCCGGGGACGUCGGUGCGGGUGGGUCAAAAACGCAUUUUCAUGUCAUCCUAUCAAACCUACUUGUUUUAGCCCUGUGUGGCGCAAAUGGAAAUCGUUCUCUAAUGUAAGUUUCUCGAGAAAGUCAGAGAAGAGAUCAAGUUCGUCUCGAAGUGAGCCUAUCUUUGGCCGCUCCACAGUGGAGCCAGAAGAAACAGAGGAGACUCAAAAAGAAGAAGAAGAAGAAGAAGCAAGUUCAUGUAAAUCUUUCACAGCUACACCACCAAGAAACGCAUUUUUACUAACUCGAUGCAGAUCUGCACCGCAUAGAUCUCCUUCAUUAGCGAACAACAACUUCUUCGAAGAUCAAGAAGAACAGAGCAGUGAAACAAAGAAAGAUCCUUUCCGACGACAUGCCUCGCCAGAAAACGUAUUGGUUUCAUCAGGAGAACCAACGUCAGAUGAGAGAUUAGAUGAUUCAAGAAGAGAAUCAGCAGCGAGUGAAGAAGCACCAAAACGAACACAAUGUGUGAUCCUCACGCGCUGUAACUCGGAACCAGCGAGAAUCGGAGAUAAACUCGUUCCCAAGAACCCAAGGUUGGGAUUUACGUGAUGGUUUAUUUUCUAUAUAUUUCUUUGUAUUUUUCGACAAAUUUUUUAUAAACCACUACUAUUAUACUA